AUGUUUUUUCUAAUCAUAUUGAAUAUUGCUGGAUUGAUACUAUGUCAGAAUUAUCGAGCGACUAUCAAAUUGACUGCAACUGGGCUGAAAUUUCAACCAUCCAAUCCAAUUGAACAGCUGGGCUCGAUUUCUGGUAUCAAAUCAGUUUUGCACUGUUCCGCUUACUGUAAUAAAAAUGUACAAUGUCGCACAUUUGGCUUUGAUUUGCUGACAUUAAGCUGCAAUUUAUACGAAGGUUAUAUCACGACAGGUUCAGUGGUCGUUUCCUCGCCUUUAUCAGAAAGCUCAAUCGUCGGUGGGCUUGUCUAUGAAUCAGCACUGUUUCUCAAUUAUAAUCAGACGUGUUCCACAGCUAUAAAUCGUUAUUUGGUCUGCGUAGGAGCCAGACUAGUUUGUCCCGUAAACACGUUUUGGAACGGGUCAAUCUGUGUGAAUCAGUUUUAUGGCAAUACACUGUGUCAACUCGAUAUUCAAUGCCGUGGCAAUUUAACGCUAAUUUGUUCGAUUAACAGUAGCACUUGUGUCUGUAAUUCGACACGUUACUAUUGGAACGGUACAUUAUGUGCUCUAUGCACAUAUCUCGUCUGUACUACUCAAUUGUACCUUGUUGAAAAUCAAGAUCCAACACCAUGGACCUCCUUCUCUUACUCGUAUUCGACCUUUAACACACCUGUGACGUUAAUGUUAUCAUUUCGUAAUGAUAUAGAUUACUGGUACCUCGACGAUGUUGGUGUUAACAAGAUCGGCAACACGACAAAUUUAAUCGUCAACGGCGGGUUUGAGACAGGUGACAUAACAGGAUGGGAUUACACAGACCCGGAUGGAGCAUCAUAUAAUGGUGUGGCGACGUCUGCGGAUUAUUAUACUGGAGCGUAUUCUUAUACUGGUGGAGAAUCGUAUGCCGCCGAUUUCAUAAGUCAAACAUUUAAUGUAACAAUAGGAGCAGUGUACAAUGUGUCCUAUUGGCUCAAAGUGACAGGGACAGACGGCGGUUAUUCUAUAGCAAAUAUAACAAUAAAACCAUGA